UCAUAUGCCCAAACUCCAACUUCAAACGUGCAUGCGCAGGUGUGCGCACACAGAUAUUCAUCAUAUACCCACACUCCAACUCCACUUGUGCACGCGCAGGUCCCUCUGAGCAGCUCCCGCUCACUGUCCUUCUCUUCCUUCUCGUGUGCGAUGAUACCGGUGAAGUUGGCGUCCGCAUACUCGGGCUCCUGGAAGAAAAGGAGACAACAGAAGAGAGCAGAGAUGGUGUGUGGCGUGUGCUCGUGCACAGCAGGUUGCAGGGGUGUUUGUGUGUCAGUUUGAUAAUGCGCGCUCACACAGAAAUGGACGUCAAACUGAUACGCCAGCCCAGAUGCCUUCCGUGUGUCAUCGAGGAUAUACAGUAGAAACGUCGCAGGUUGGCCCCUAGAUACGAGGCGCAUUUGUGUCCAUUUCAUUUGUAGGACGACAUCUGAGGAAAGGAAGGGUGUGGACAGGUGUAUGAAUGGAUGAAAGUGACCUUCCUAUACCUUGGUUUGCUCGUGUGAAUCUCCAUGGUUCGUUGCUGGCGAUAGAACACAAGCGGGCCUCCUUCUUCGACGCCUCGGCCACACUGGGCCCCGCUGUACAGCCUGGUUAGAUGAGUAGAAAUGAACACACCAGCCGACAUAUCCCUUCAUCGUGUCUGUGGUGUGUAUGCGUAUAUAUAUGGAUGUACCGAUGAAGCCGCCAAUCUCGUCGAUCGCACUGAAAACGGUAUUGCCUAGGCUGAACAGAAACUCUCUGCAGCCAGCAAAUGUGUGGUCGUCCGACAGGUAAUCCCAGUAGGCGACAUAUCCGUCGAUGUAGAAAUCGUGCACUCGUUCGUCCUUGCGUUUGUCCUUGCUGUCGUCGAAAGUCUCGUCCUUGCUCUUGUCGGUGGGCGUGGGCCUGUUUGGGUUGGGCAGCAGGGGCAGAGAACUCUUAAGACCCUCUAUCUGUUUAGCUGGACAAACAGAUAACAGAUGAACCCCAAGAUUAGCGUGUCUGCAUGCGUGUGGGACGUAUUGGUAUGGUGCAUUUGGCUGACCUUUGCUUAGUUCGUCUUCAAUCUUCGUCACGACGGUUCCGAUGGGGUACGGAUAGAGCUCUGCCUCUUCACCUCCCUCCUCUCGUCUCUGCCGGUUGACCCUGUUGAUGUGGCGAAUGAGGUGGGCGGAGAAUUUCUGCGCCACAUCUUUGGUCCACCCCACGGCCUUGCCUUUGCCGCCUCCUGAGAAGAGGAGAAACAAGUAAGCCGGGGCGCCGCGAGCAUGGCAGUGGUUCACACCUGAGGGCGCGAGGUAGACGUUGAACAACCCUGUAUCGCUCUGGAACUUGUCAUGCACGCCCGCGCGCCCCAU